UUCUCAGCUAAGCUGUUCCUCAUAGGCCCAGGCGGAGUCAGCAGGGAGGCAGCCGGCCAUGGGCGCCUGCUCAGAAGACCCCCACCUGUGUGAGGCCUCUGGGCUCCUGCGAUUCACCAGCCUCCUCCUCAGUGUCUGCAGCGCUGUGACCCAGAGUCCUGGAGCCCGUGGGUCUGCAGUGGAUGAUUCUGGAAACCCUGUUCCUCUGAAGGGGAUUCAAGGAGCUUCUGUGCUAUUUCCAGUGAUCAGAAAACCAGAAUUACCUCCAGAAGUCAAGCUGGAGAGUAUUACAUGGGGCAUUAUAAAUAAAAAAAUCUACACACCCAUACUCCAAGUUAGUCCCGGGGGAGAUGUUCCAGAAUGGGUCAACUGCCAGGACAAGUUCGAGAAGCGGGUCCAUGUGCUCAACACAAUGACUCUGAGGAUUGACAACCUGACCCUUGAGGACAGUGGGCGGUACCGGGCUCAAGAGUCCUAUUCGAGAGGAAGACAGUAUCACCAGGAUUUCCACCUGACGGUCUACGAGGCUGUGCCCCCUCCCCAGAUCCAGGCCAUGGCUGUGUCCCUCACACCAGGCUGGUGCAACGUCACAGUGGAGUGUAACACCACAGGAACCAGGGAGGACCUGACAGUGUCCUGGGAGAGUGAGAGCCUCCCCAGGGAGCUGGAGCAGAGACCGGCCCCAGGACCAGCCCCCAACCCCUGGACCCUGGCUGUGAACCUGCCCCUGAGCCGGCCCAGCCUCAACCUCACCUGUGUGGUGAGCAACCAGGCGGACAAGAAAGCUGCCUCCUGGAACGUUGGGGACGUCUGUGGCCGUGACCCACAAGGACAGACCAGUGCUGCCCACUUGCUCGGUAUCCUGGCGUCUGUUGUGGUCCUGCUGCUGAUCUUCGGAGCUGGGCUGUACCUUUGGAAGGGACGUGGGAUGAAGAAGAACGUGGAGCCUGGGACAGGGGCAGGAUCGCAGGAGGAGUCCAGGGACCCGGAUGGUGGCAUCCACUAUGCAGAGCUGAACCAGCAGGAGUCUGGAGACCUCAGGGACAAGGGUAGGGGAGAACCACAUCUAGAAGAGGAGAACUCUCUCACUGCGGUCUACAGUGAGGUCCGCAGGCCAGGCCAGACCAUGACCAUGAUUUAAUGGGAAGAAGCAGGAGAAUCCCACCCCGGGGACACCUGUCUCGUGAGCAUGACGCCCGCAGCUCUGGUCCGACCUCUUACCCCUCUGACAGCUCUGAGAAGGGACUGGAUGGAUCCAGCACUUAUUUCUGUGCUAAAUCCGUGUGCACAAGCUCCCUGUGAGACACACACUGGUAGAUCAGGGAAACUGAGUAAAUAAAUUGGUCCUAACCUGUUCAGGACAACUCA